CUUGCCGUGUACGAGGAAUGAAAAACAAUUACAUACGAAAAACAUUUGUUGCUAUGUUUCGAAAUCUUCUAAGUGUUUUAUUAAUCGAGAAAGAAAAUCUGUAAUAAUAAAAGAAUUCGUGUCGAAACAUAGUAAUAAUAAUCAAUCACACGUCUUGGAGUGAAAAGCCGACGGAAAUGCUGGAAUGUCACACCUGUGCACUCGUCCGUUGUGUUACCUGGCUCAACGAACCAAAAGUCUCGAGUCAAUUUUUGAUUGUGUUACUGUUGCAAUUCGUGCAAAAUGUCUAAGAUACCAGCAGAGAGGUUAUGGAUUGCUGUUGUCAUCGAGACAUAAAUACUCCAGAAUUCACCCUGUUUGUCAGUUAAUUAACGAUGAUGAAUGGAACUUGAAAGAUGAGCCAAAGAAGAGUCAAAAGGAGGUAAAGUAUGGCAAGUUGGGGCUUAUUUUGAGUGGAUUAGGUCUGGCAGUUGUACUGUGCGAGAACCCACAUCAUAUGUUAGAGAGGAAGUUCUUUCGUGCUGCCCAGUUUGGAAAUAUCCCAGAUUUAAAAAGAGCUAUUGAGAGUGGUGUUAAUAUCAAUGUAAGGCAUCCACUGGGCUGGACUGCAUUGCAAACAGCAGCUAUCAAUGGCAAAGUUGAAGUAGUAAAAUUUUUAUUGCAACAUGGAGCUGACAUCAAUGCUGGUGAUGAUUUCAUUAAUGUAUACAAGACUGCUAUGGAAAAGAGGAUGCAUCCUUCUGAUGUGUUGAUGGAACGAGAAGAAGAAUUCUCAGAUCGUCUGAUAGCCAGAGCAACUUUCAAAGGGUUUACAGCACUUCAUUAUGCUGUGUUGUCUCGUUCUAAGGAAUGUGUUAAAGCUUUACUGGAUGCUGGAGCAAACCCAACUAUAGAAAAUGAAGCUGGUCGCAGAGCUGUAGAUUAUGCUUACUCUGAUAAAGAGAUUGAAGAUAUGCUUAUCAAACAAGCUAGGAAAUAUGAUGAAAUGUUAAGAGAAAAAGAAGCUGAGGAAAGACGACGAUUUCCUUUGGAGCAGAGGUUGAAACAGUACAUUGUUGGCCAGGAAGGAGCAAUUUCAAUAGUAGCUUCAACUAUCAGAAGAAAAGAAAAUGGCUGGAUUGAUGAGGAACAUCCAUUAGUUUUUUUAUUUCUAGGCUCAUCUGGUAUAGGAAAGACUGAAUUAGCUAAGCAGUUAGCAGCAUACAUACACAGGAACAGAUUUGAUGCAUUCAUCAGGCUUGAUAUGUCUGAGUAUCAGGAAAAACACGAAGUUGCCAAGCUCAUUGGAGCACCACCUGGAUACGUUGGACACGAUGACGGAGGACAGUUGACGAAGAUGUUAAGAAAAUCCCCAUCUGCUGUUGUUCUAUUUGAUGAGGUUGAUAAAGCACAUCCAGACGUUCUCACAGUUUUAUUACAACUUUUUGAUGAGGGACGACUGACUGAUGGUAAAGGAAAAACCAUUGAAUGUAAAGAUGCAAUUUUUAUCAUGACAUCUAAUCUUGCCAGCGAUGAAAUUGCCGAACAUGCAAUGCAGUUAAGAGAAGAGGCCGAAAGAAUAUUGAAAAAGAGACUUGAUGAAAAGUCAACGGAAGAUCAGGAACCUGAAAAUAUUGAAAUUUCGAGAAAUUUUAAGGAUCAGGUCGUUCGCCCAAUUCUUAAGACUCACUUUAGACGUGACGAAUUUCUCGGCCGCAUAAACGAGAUUGUCUACUUCUUGCCAUUUUCACGAGCUGAAUUAAUAAAAUUAGUAGCACGUGAAUUGGAUACUUGGGCAUUACGAGCACGAGAACGUCAUAAGAUUGAACUUAAAUGGGAUCGCGAGGUUCUAUCAGUCCUUGCCGAUGGUUAUGAUUCGCAUUAUGGUGCUCGUUCGAUAAAAUAUGAAGUUGAACGUCGUGUCAUUAACCAACUGGCUGCAGCACAUGAAAGUGGACAGUUAGAAAAAGGUUGUUGCGUACUCAUAAAAGCAAGAUGGCACGAGAAUGGAGCAAGUAUAGGUCUCUCAGUCAAACCAGCCGGCGUAAAGGAUUACGUUGAUCUAGUAGAUACCGAUAACUUUAUCAAAAAAGCUAAUGGGAAUUUUUAGAAAUUGGCUGUCUCUUUUUCUUUCGAUAAUAAAAUACAACGGAUUGAUGAUAUUGUUAAGUAAUUAACAGAGCUGCGUUCGCGUGUUGUUGCUAAUAACGGUCAAAUGUUUUCGAAUGCUGUUGAAACAAAUUUUCUGACUCCGCACAAAAUAACAAUGUAUAGAUGUUGACGGACAUGCAUCGAAUCACAUCGAUGCUUUUGCCUGUAAAUAAAAAAUUAUGAACGAGUGGUUGACGAGAGGAAAAAUUUUGUAAAUGUAUAUUGUAUAUUGAGAAAAAUAAACACAUCGUUAUUUUUGCCAGAUAUAUAUAACAACGAUCUAUAAAUGCUGAAGAAAGUUUUAAUUAUUGUUCCAAUCAGUCGUGUUACACAUUUUUUUUCGGAACAUAACGGCUCAGAAAAUGUUCUCAUCCCCUAUACAGUUUUGAUAUCCUUUGGCCAGAUGUGUCAAUAGAUUUUUCGGUGUCUUU